AUAUUUCUACUGAUCUUACAGAAAUAAAAAAUAUUAUAAUAAGGAAAUAUGGACUUCAUGGCAACAAAUUAAAUAACUUAUGACAUGGACAAAUUCCUAGAAAGAUAUAAGCUAUGGGAACUGGCUUAUGAAGAAAUAGGUAAAGAGAUUAAAUUUAAAAUAAUAAUAAUGAAAAGCACCUACCUACUGUGGAAAACGCAGGCCUAUUGGUUGCACUGGUGAAUUCUAACAUUUAAAGGAAAAUUAAUACCAAUUUUUAAAAACAAGCUCUUAAAAGAAAGAAAGAAUAGAAAAGGAGGGAACAUUUUCCAAUUUAUUAUAUGAGGCCAAUGUUACUCUGAUACCAAAACCAGGUAAAGACAUUAGAUGAAAGGAAAAAUACAAGGGAAAGACCAUGUUUGUAAAUUUAUUGGCUGUGGGAGGAACGAUCGCUUCAAUUAUGUGGUCAUGCAGUUGCAGGGUCGGAAUCUGGCAGAUCUACGCCGUAGCCAGUCCCGGGGCACAUUCACUAUUAGCACUACUCUUCGGCUGGGUAGACAGAUUCUGGAGUCUAUUGAGAGCAUCCAUUCUGUGGGAUUCUUGCACCGAGACAUCAAACCGUCGAACUUCGCCAUGGGACGCUUUCCUAGUACAUGUAGGAAGUGUUACAUGCUCGAUUUUGGCUUGGCUCGACAAUUUACUAAUUCCUGUGGUGACGUCAGACCACCUCGAGCUGUGGCAGGCUUUCGAGGGACAGUUCGUUAUGCAUCGAUCAAUGCUCAUCGGAACAGAGAAAUGGGAAGACAUGAUGACCUUUGGUCCUUAUUCUACAUGUUGGUGGAGUUUGUAGUUGGGCAGCUGCCAUGGAGAAAAAUAAAAGACAAGGAGCAAGUAGGCUCUAUUAAGGAGAGGUAUGACCACAAGCUUAUGUUGAAACAUCUCCCUCCAGAAUUCAGCAUCUUUCUGGACCACAUCUCCUCUUUGGAUUAUUUUACAAAACCAGACUAUCAGCUUCUUAUAUCCGUGUUUGACAACAGCAUCAAAACCUUUGGAGUAUUUGAGAGUGACCCUUUUGACUGGGAGAAGACUGGAACUGAUGGCUCCCUAACAACCACCACUACUUCUACCACCCCUCAGUUGCACACCCGCUUGACCCCUGCAGCAAUCGGAAUUGCUAAUGCCACUCCCAUCCCAGGGGACUUGCUUCGAGAAAAUACAGAUGAGGUGUUUCCAGAUGAACAGCUUAGUGAUGGGGAGAAUGGCAUCCCUGUUGGUAUGUCACCAGAUAAAUUGCCUGGAUCUCUGGGACACACUCAUCCCCAGGAGAAGGAUGUCUGGGAAGAGAUGGAUGCCAACAGGAACAAGAUAAAGUUUGGAAUUUGUAAGGCUGCUACUGAGGAGGAGAAUAGCCAUGGCCAAGCAAAUGGUAUUCUGAAUGCUCCAAGCCUUGGUUCACCGAUUCGUGUCCGCUCAGAGAUUACUCAGCCAGACAGAGAUGUUCCGUUGGUGCGAAAGUUACGUUCUAUCCACAGCUUUGAGCUGGAAAAACGUCUGACACUAGAGCCAAAGCCAGAUACUGACAAGUUUCUUGAGACCUGCCUGGAGAAAAUGCAGAAAGAUUCCAGUGCAGGAAAGGAACCUCUUCUUCCUGCCCUGCUUCGUAAGCCUUGUGUUCCUACUGGGGCCCGUACUGACCACAUCUGGAACUAUGAUGAAGAAUAUCUUCCAGAUGCUUCUAAGCCUGCCUCUGCCAAUACCCCUGAGCAGGCGGAUGGUGGUGGCAGCAAUGGAUUUAUAGCUGUUAACUUGAGCUCUUGCAAGCAAGAGGUUGAUUCCAAAGAAUGGGUGAUUGUGGACAAGGAGCAGGACCUUCGGGAUUUUAGGACAAAUGAGGCUUUAGGCCAUAAAACAACAGGGAGCCCUUCUGACGAGGAGCCUGAAGUACUUCAAGUCCUAGAAGAAUCACCUCAAGAUGGAAACCUCCGAUUGGGUCCUUGGGAAGAAAAUACUCAUUUAAAGAAGGAAACCUCAGGUGUGAUCUUAGCACUUUCCAGGGAAUGCCCUGCCACUGCUGCUUCAGAGCAAUAUACAGAUAGGCUAGAACUCCAGGCUGGAGCUGGUGGUCAGUUUAUUGCAGCAACACCCACAAGUCCAAUGGAGGCACAAGCAGAAGGACCUCUUACAGCGGUUACAAUUCCUCGACCGUCUGUGGCAUCUACACAGUCGACUUCAGGAAGCUUUCACUAUGGUCAGCUGCCAGAGAAGAAGGACCUUCAGCCUGUGGAGCCCACUGUGGAGCUUUAUUCUCCGAGGGAGAACUUCUCUGGUUUAGUUGGGACAGAGGGAGAGCCUCCUAGUGGAGGAAGCAGAACAGACUUGGGGCUGCAGAUAGAGCAUAUUGGUCCUGACAUGUUACUCGAUACUAGAGAGUGUGAAAAAUCUCAAGACCUGGGACCAGAAGACCUUCCUGACCUUACCAGACUGGCUGGGAGAGAAUUUGAGAGUCUCCCUAGGGAAACUGAAGAGAAAAGCCUGCUAGGGUCAGAUAAUGAAGAUGAAAAGUUAAGUAAAGGGCAGCAUUAUAUUGAGAUCUCCUCCCUCCCCGGAGACUUAGAAAGGGAUCACUCAGCGACUACUGAACCUCUCGACAUGACAAAGACACAGACUUUUAGUGUGAUGCCAAACCAAGACAGAAAUCAUGAGAGAAUGAAGCUUCUGGCAGUUGAAACUUCAGAAAUUUCCCCAGGAGGCAUUGACCCACGUGCUGAAGGACAGAUAGGCCAGGUGGCAACAAUGCAAAAGAGUAAGAUAUCUAAGGAUGAUGAUAUCAAGAGUGAAGACUUGCCCAGUCUUCAAGGAGACCUCUCUACUUUUUUGCACCAAGAGGGUAAAAAAGAGAAAAUUGCCCCUAGAAAUAGAGAGCUAUUUAAUAGUGUUUCAGAGAGUGAACAUUGUCCCUCAUCCCGGAAGGAUAUGGUUAGGUCAUCCUUCGUAACUAGACACAGCCGAAUCCCUGUUUUAGCACAAGAGAUAGACUCAGCUUUCGAAUCAUCCUCUCCACUCUCUGCAAAAGAAAAGCUCCUCCAAAAGAAAGCUUAUCAGCCAGACCUACUCAAACUUCUGGUGGAAAAAAGGCAACUCAAGUCUUUUCUUGGGGACCUCUCAAGUGCCUCUGAUAAAUUGCUGGAGGAGAGACUAGCUACUGUUCCUGCUCCCUUUUCUGAGGAGGAAGUCUUCACUCCCUUUUCAAGACUGGCGAUAGACGCUCCCCUGAGCAGGUCAGCUGAAGAUAGCUUUUUGUCACCUAUCAUCUCCCAGUCCAGAAAGAGCAAAAUUCCAAGGCCAGUGUCAUGGAUCAACACAGAUCAAGUCAAUAGCUCAGUUCCAUCACAGUUCUUGCCUCGGCCACCACCAGGAAAGCCACCCGUAAGGCCGGGAGUAGAAGCCAGGCUCCGCAGAUACAAAGUCCUAGGGAGUAGCAGUUCCGACUCAGACCUUUUCUCUCGCCUGGCCCAAAUUCUUCAAAAUGGAUCUCAGAAACCCCGGAGCACUACUCAGUGCAAGAGUCCAGGAUCCCCGCAUAAUCCAAAAACACCACCCAAGAGUCCAGUUGUCCCUCGCAGGAGUCCCAGUGCCUCUCCUCGAAGCUCUUCGUUGCCUCGUACAUCUAGUUCCUCGCCAUCUAGGGCUGGACGGCCCCACCAUGACCAGAGGAGUUCAUCCCCGCAUCUGGGGAGAAGCAAGUCACCUCCCAGCCACUCAGGAUCUUCCUCCUCCAGGAGGUCCUGCCAGCAGGAGCAUUGCAAACCCAGCAAGAAUGGCCUGAAAGGAUCUGGCAGCCUCCACCACCACUCAGCCAGCACGAAAGCGCCCCCAGGGAAGAGUAAGUCAGCGAGUAAACUCAGCAGAUAGGAGCCAGGCCGCAUCUCUGAAAGGUGUGAGAUCCUCCUCCUAAACCUGAUGCAUGUGUAUCCCUGUACUGUCUAUUUUAAAAGUCUGUGUUGAUUUUCUCUUGCAAAAGAUAGUAAUAUGAUAAAUUAUUUAUAAGGAGACAUAAAUAUUUGAUAAGGAAUUACCUAAGGCAGGCAGCAAGCAGAUCAGGAAUUAAUGCCUUUGCACAGGAAGGGGCAGUCUAGCAAAUCCAAGAGGGAGACACUGAUUAAAUGAACUUUUUUUUUAGCUGCUUCUAAAACAAGAGAGUCAAAAGUAGGAGAUGGAAUGGAAUUUUAAAGGUUUUGGCCUGCUUAUUCUUUAAGGCUCUACUCAAACAUUAUAUAGCAAAAUUGAAACCUCCUGUUUUAAUAUUUUCAUUCAAAACUUCUCAACUUUGGAGUUCAGAAUUGCUCCAGUAUUAAAGUAUGUUAGAAGUCUGUUGCUGGGGAGCCAUUGCUGAUAUACAUAUAUGUAGCUUGUGUAUUUAUCUAUAUGGAGAGUUCACACCUUUACUUUGCCUCAUUCCUCGUACCCUCCUUGGAUUUCAUAUUUUUUAAAGUUAGUGUUUCUCACCUGAUCCAAUCUUUUAUUUUAACAAUACAUUCUAAUAUGCUUUUAGCAGCAUAUGCUAAUAUUUUUCUUUGGAGCUCUAUAGUCUCAAUAUAUUUUUAUUGUGAGAAAUAAUUGAUGACACUUAGGUAAUAGAAGGGAAAAUCUAAAUAGAACUAGUUUGCAGGCUUUAGUGCUUUAGGCAGAGAGGGGCAGAGUGGGGGUGAAUGCCCUGUAAGGCAGAAAA